AUAGAUAAAAAAUAUCCUUUUAAUGAAGCUAUUAAAAAUUAUUUAGUUCAUUUUAAUGAUUAUUAUAUAGAAAAUAUGCAUAGUAGAAUUAGAGCUUAUACAACAAAAUAUUCUAUUACAGAAGAAAUAAUUAGAGAAGCAUUUGUUAUAGUACUUGAAGUAACAGUAUCUACAAAACAGCUUCCUUGUAGAUAUUCUACUAAAAAAAUUCUUUCUUUAACUAAUUAUGAUUUAUGUAAUACUAUUUUAAAAGAUAAAUAUCAAGUAGAAGUUUUUAUUUGUAGACAUGGAUAUCAUACAAUAUGUUAUAAUCUUAUAGAAAGAAAAUGUAAAUAUUGUUAUGAAUAUUAUGAAACUGGAAUUAAACAUAAUAUAAAAUCUUUUAUAAAUAGAUUAGAAAAAGAAGCUAAUAUAUUAACUAAUGAAGAUAUAGAUAUAGAUAAUAAUAAUGAAGAUAAUAAUAAUAGUACUGAUGAAAUUGAAGAUUUAAAUUUAAUAUUAAGUGAAAAAGAUAAAAUAGAACAAGAAUUUAUUGAUAAAUUAGUUAAAGUUUUAGAUUGGUAA